CUUCCCAUCAUUCAAAUAAAAAAACCAGCUCUCAAAAAUUGUGGAAAAGAUGGCAGAUGAGAGAGACGGGGCCGAGAUCGUGUAUGGAGCCGAAGAGUGCCUUCGUCAUUCCAUUGAGCUUCUAGAUGAGCUCGGUUUCCCUCGAGGCGUUCUCCCACUAAAAGACCUUGUAGAGUGUGGCCGGGUUCGAGAAACGGGCUUUGUUUGGAUGAAGCAAAAGGCUCCAUACGAGCACUUUUUUGAAGGGACUAAUACACGUGUGAGUUACGCUAUAGAAGUGACCGCGUAUAUUGAAAAAUGUAAGAUGAAGAAGAUGACGGGGGUUAAAAGUAAACAACUAUUGAUGUGGGUACCCGUUGUUGAGAUGAGUGUGGAAAAUGUCGAUAGCUCGAAAAUUUACUUCAAGAUCCCGAUCGGGGUAGGGAAGUCUUUUCCUAUUUCGGCUUUCAUGAGUGAUGAAGAAAAUAAUAAGUACAUCGAGCGAUCCAAGUAAAUCAAGUUCGAGUUAUUGAAAUCGUCAUAAGUACAUUUUCAUUUCUCUAUUUUCGGGUUUUUGCUAUAUGUUAAGCUGAUCAUGACUCAUGAGACCGCUAAUAGAUUAUUUAUCGAUUUUAAGAUAUAUUUUGGAUACGAUAUCCAAAUUAAGUUGUAACAUUUUCUUUGAUUUGGAGAAUAAAUAAUUUGUGGAAAAUCUAGAGAGAUCUAAA